UAAAAGAGUGUUUUAUAUUUUUACUAUUGAACAUCUUUUCACAUGUUAAUUUGUCACUUAUCUUGUUUUGUGUAUAGUAAUGUUCAUAUCCUUUACUAAUUUUUCUACUAAAGUCUCCUUUUACUCUUAAACAGAAGUGCCCUUAAAAAUAAAAUAGGGAACUUGCAUUUCAACAUUUUAAAUGCACAUGUCCUUUGGCUGAUCAGUUCUAGUAUGUGGCAUUUAUCCUAGAAAUAUAUUCUUAAAAGAACAUAAAGGUAUUAAAUGGUGUUCCCUCUAGCAUUGCUUUUAAAGAAAAAAUAUAACCUAAGUAUGCAUCAAUAGGAUAGUUAAGUAAAUUAUGGAACACCCAUACAAUAUUACUUAGCUGGUUAAAGAAUAAGCUGAUCUGUGAAGAUCUCCAAGCUGUCUUAACCGAAAAGAGCUAAGGUGCAAAAUUACAUUAUGAUACCAUAAGUGUUUUAAAAUGUGUAAAUACUUAUUCACUAAACAAAAUGUUCAUUAAGUGCUACUGUGUGGCAGGUAGUGUCCUAGAUAAACAUGAACAAAAUACAAUGGUUAACUCUAAAGAGGGGACACUUUUCGUUUUAUGGUCCUUUUGCAACUUGACUUUUUUAUUGUACAUAUAUUAUGUAUACUUAAAAUAAUUUGUACAGCUUACUAUAAUGGUCUUUUUAUUGAUCUGUGUCUCCUACCAGCCAGUGAUGACCCCGAAGGCAGACAUUCUGUUGGUUUUUAAUCGAAAUGAUGUACAUAAAUUUGGGUCGUGCUUGCACCGUCCGAAUGGGCCUGGGGUCCGGCGGGGGAGAGCGACCUGGGCGGGGCCGGAGGUGGCAGCGGGGGGUCCUCCCGGUUAACCAGAGAGACGAGCGGCCGUGUUCCUAGAGAGGCAGGGAACCCGCCAGACUCCGCCGCUCGGCUGCGGGCGCGGCCGGGGCGGGGGGUAGCUUUUGUGCCGGCCCAGCUGCGGGAGGCGCCGGCAACACCCGCCAACCCCGCCAGCGCAGCGGCCCGGGCUCUGGGGAAACCGGCGCUCCCGACAGGGGAGCACCGGGCGUCUGCGCUCCCUCGGGAGCUUUUCACGAGGUCAGCUACGUCUUUGUUGUGCGCGUUCCUGAACUUUUGGUCCGUUAACCAACAAUUAGACACGCAGGUAUUCAGUGCCUGGCGCGGUGCUAGAUGCUGGGUGUAAUCUUAGAGAAAUACAUUCAGGGGAGCGCCUGAGGGUGCUGGCUGCUGGCAUCUCAGGUGCUUUACGUGCAUUCGUGAAGAAGCCCAUCAGUAUUUGUUGAAUACCAGAUCUCUUGGCUGCCACCGGUGUCGUCUCUGACCAGCCUGUCGCCCUUCAAGAACAGUGGCAAAAUCUCCUACAUUUAAAGUGGAAUAUUCAAUGAGAGUUACACAGAUAUAGAUGACCUUUGAGACUGUAUUAUUUGUCCAUGAAGGCAGCCAUCUGCCUCCUCAAUGGGUAAAAUUAUCCCUUCUCCCCAGCUGAAGUGCAAGCUACUCAAGCUUUCUUAUUGCUAACCCUUCUUCCCUCAUGUCAUACAUCCAUUACCUCUGGACUCAGGCCCUUUAGUACUAGUUCAAAAUAUACUUCUGAUUCAUUUCACUGAUAAUAGAAGCAAGCAGGCUCAGCUUUUGAGCAUUACCUACAGUGGGGACAAAAAUGUAAGUAGGUUACAUACAGUUUUGAAGCUCUUAUAAUUUGCAUGUUGCUGAUCAAUUCUUAUGCCUCAGAUCUCUAUUUCUGAAUAUAGACCCCAAGCUAAGUGAAGCUUUAGCCUCUAAGCUCAACAUGUAUGAAGCUUUGCCAGGCCCUGCUCCUGAAAAUGAAGAUGGCCUUGUGAAAGUGAAGGAGGAGGAUCCCACCUGGGAGCAGGUGUGCAACUCACAGGAGGGCAGCUCCCACACUCAGGAGAUUUGCCGCCUGCGCUUUCGGCACUUCUGCUACCAGGAGGCUCACGGACCCCGGGAAGCCCUGGCCCAACUCCGAGAACUUUGUCACCAAUGGCUGAGACCAGAGAUGCACACCAAGGAACAGAUAAUGGAACUACUGGUGCUGGAGCAGUUCCUGACCAUCCUGCCCAAGGAGCUCCAGCCCUGUGUGAAGACAUAUCCUCUGGCGAGUGGAGAGGAGGCAGUGACAGUCCUGGAGAAUCUAGAGACAGGAAGUGGAGACACAGGACAACAGGCCUCUGUCUAUAUUCAGGGACAGGACAUGCACCCAAUGGUGACAGAAUAUCAAGGAGUCUCUUUGGAGUGUCAGAGCCUGCAGCUCCUGCUUGGGGUAACCACCCUGAAGUGUGAACCUCCACAGCUUCCUCAAGAGAACCCCCAAGAAGUGAGUGGGCCUGUUCCCCACGGAUCAGCUCAUCUCCAGGAAAAAAACCCCGGAGACAAGGCUGCAGUGUCUGUGUUUAACCCAGUCAGGUCCCAGACACUGGUGAAGACUGAGGAAGAAACAGCCCAGGCCCUUGCUGCAGAGAAGUGGUCACAUCUGAGUCUGGCUCGGAGGAACCUCUGUGGGAACACAGCUCAGGAGACAGUUACAAGCCUCAGUCUGAUGACUGAAGAAAUUGUAACUAAAGAUAGAUUGUUUAAUGCAAAGCAAGAAACUUCUGAAGAAAUGGAACAAAGUGGAGAAGCCUCAGGAAAGCCCAACAGAGAGUGUGCACCCCAGAUUCCUUGUAGUACUCCUAUCCCUACUGAAAGGACAGUUGCACAUUUGAACACUCUGAAGGACCGUCACCCAGGUGAUUUGUGGGCCCGGAUGCACAUCUCAUCCUUGGAAUAUGCUGCAGGAGACAUUACCCGAAAAGGGAGAAAAAAAGACAAAGCUCGAGUGAGUGAACUGCUCCAAGGCCUCUCAUUCUCUGGUGACUCAGAUGUGGAAAAAGAUAAUGAGCCUGAGAUCCAGCCUGCUCAAAAGAAGUUAAAAGUAUCGUGUUUCCCAGAAAAGAGUUGGACCAAAAGAGACAUUAAACCCAACUUUCCAAGCUGGUCAGCACUGGAUUCUGGACUUUUGAAUCUCAAGAGUGAAAAGUUGAACCCAGUAGAGCUUUUUGAAUUAUUUUUUGAUGAUGAAACAUUCAACUUAAUUGUCAGUGAAACCAAUAAUUAUGCUUCUCAGAAAAAUGUCAGCUUGGAAGUCACAGUUCAGGAAAUGAGGUGUGUGUUUGGUGUCUUACUUUUGAGUGGAUUUAUGAGGCAUCCUAGAAGGGAAAUGUAUUGGGAAAUCUCUGACACCGAUCAAAACCUGGUUAGAGAUGCAAUCAGAAGGGACAGAUUUGAAUUGAUCUUCUCAAACCUGCAUUUUGCAGAUAAUGGCCACCUAGAUCAAAAAGAUAAGUUUACAAAGUUGAGACCUCUCAUAAAACAAAUGAAUAAAAAUUUCCUCUUGUAUGCUCCCCUGGAAGAAUACUAUUGCUUUGAUAAGUCAAUGUGUGAGUGCUUUGAUAGUGACCAAUUCCUGAAUGGAAAGCCUAUCAGAAUUGGCUAUAAAAUUUGGUGUGGUACAACCACACAGGGUUAUCUGGUUUGGUUUGAACCCUAUCAAGAAGAAUCAACUACGAAGGUAGAUGAGGAUCUUGAUCUUGGGUUAGGUGGAAAUCUAGUGAUGAACUUCGCUAAUGUUCUUUUAGAGAGAGGUCAGUAUCCCUAUCACCUGUGUUUUGAUAGCUUCUUUACAAGUGUCAAAUUGUUGUCAGCCUUGAAAAAGAAGGGGGUGAGAGCAACAGGAACAAUUCGUGAGAACAGGACUGAAAAAUGUCCCCUUCUGAAUGUAGAACAUAUGAAAAAAAUGAAGAGAGGGUAUUUUGAUUUCCGAGUAGAAGAAAACAAUGAGAUAAUUUUGUGUCGUUGGUAUGGGGGUGGCAUUAUCAGUCUGUGCUCCAAUGCUGUGGGCAUAGAACCAGUCAAUGAGGUAAGCUGUUGUGAUGCUGAUAAUGAAGGAAUCCCUCAGAUAAGUCAACCAUCCAUAGUAAAAGUGUAUGAUGAAUGCAAGGAAGGUGUAGCUAAAAUGGAUCAAAUUAUUUCGAAAUACAGGGUGAGGAUAAGAAGCAAGAAAUGGUACUCAAUUUUGGUGAGCUACAUGAUUGAUGUGGCCAUGAACAAUGCAUGGCAACUACACAGAGCCUGUAACCCAGGUGCUUCUCUAGACCCCUUGGAUUUUCGGAGAUUUGUUGCACAUUUCUACUUGGAACACAAUGCUGAUCUGUCAGAUUAGGGCACAUAAAAUGGACAUAGUGCAGACAUUAAUAAGACAGAAAAAUAAUAAUUGUACAUGCUGUUGUACCCUCCCAAAGUAAAUCUGAUAUAUGUAAUGAAGUUAUUAAAUAAUACUUUAAAAAAUCAGACAUUUAUAUAGAGUUUCAAAGACUAUUGUAACAAAUAAUGUUAAAAAUUAUCUGUGAAAAUGUUGAACUGUAGUACCUUUAUAUCAAAUUUUGUGUCAGACAUGGGAAAUCAUGUAUUUGUUCAAUUGA